AUGACGAGAAAGAAGGUAACCCUCGCCUACAUUACCAACGACUCUGAGAGAAAAGCUUCCUACAAGAAGCGAAAGAAGGGUUUGAUUAAGAAGGUGAGCGAGCUGAGCACCCUCUGCGGCGUCGACGCAUGCGUCAUCAUCUACAGCCCUUACGACACGGUGCCGGAGGUAUGGCCGUCGCCGCUUGCGGCGCAGUCCAUCCUGGCCCGCUUCCGCAAGCUCUCCGACAUGGACCAGAGCCGGAAGAUGGUAAACCAGGAGAGCUACACGCGGCAGCGGAUCAAGAAGGCGAUGGAGCAGCUCCGCCGCCUCCAGAAGGAGAACAGCUGCCGCGAGCUCGAGGCGUUCAUGUUCCGCUGCAUCACCGGCCAGGCCUCCAUGGACGACCUCCAAAUCACUGAUGUCCCGGAGAUGAGCUGGGUCAUCAGCCAGAUACUCAGGGAGAUCAAGGGCAGGAUGGAGGCCAUGGCGGCGGAGCACCAGCGCAAUCUGGCUGCGCCGCUGCCUCCACUCCCGCCUCCUCCUCCUGUGGUGGAAGAGGCUCCACCGCGGGUGGAGGAGGAUGCCAAUGGAAUGGAGGGCUUCCCAUGGAACCUGGUGCAGAGCCCGGGAGGAGAAGGCGGGAUGGACGGGACUGGGCUCGGGUGGGAUCCCGGGAUGGUGCUGCCGUAUCCCUACAUUUUCGGCCAGUCUAGCUCUUCUCAAUCUGGGCAGAAUCCGAAUCCGAAUCCCAAUCCCAAUCUGAUUCCUUUCCACCAGUGA